GCUAGCGGGGGCCGGGCCCAGCCGGGCCGGCCCCAACAAAAUAAUGCCAAUAAUGGCAACGGUAGUCCGCAGCGCGAUCUCGCCGCCGACGCCGACACCCCCGCGCCCGCCGCGCCCGCCGCGCCCGCACACAACAUCAGCAUCAACGUCACCGACACGGACUCGCCCGACGGCGCCCGUCGCCGCAUCCACCUGCGCUCGCUCAGCGACGUCACGCCCGCCAGCCGCGCCCACACCCCCCGCGCGCGCUCCCACUCCGAGCGGCCGCGCGCCUCUCCCGCGCCCUCCCCCGCACGGCCCCGCGCCGCCCUCGCGCCGCGCCAGGCGCGCAGCGAGCGCUCCUCACCUGACGCGUCGCCGCUCGCGCUCGACGACGGUCGGCGCGCCCGCGACCGUGCCGCCUCCGCGCUCGCAGACCCAUGGCGCAAAAUGAGCGAACUAGACCUGGCUGCGGCUCGGUCGACGCGCGACCCCUGGGUGCGCUUCCCACCGCCGCGCGCCGACGAUCCGCCCGCCGUCGAGCCUGAGCGACGACGGGACCCUCGGCGGCCCCGACUCGAACGGCGCUCACCAGUAUCUUGCGACACGUGCGGUAGUGAGAGUUGCGAAUGCUGGCGCUGCACGUGCGAGCCGCGGUCGGCGCGCGUGUCGCCGGCGCGGCUGGCAGCACGCGGCGCGGUGCGGGCGCUGUCGGACGAGGAGGAGCGGCCGCGCCGGCUAUACAAGUCAUCGUCGCAGCGGCUGGUGUGUUCGGCGACAGAGCCAGACCGCGCGCGACCGGCGGACCCGUUGCUGGAGACUACGUGUUGAAGCGACGUUUCGUCCCCUUG